UGCUGUCUUGUUGUCAGCGCAAACAUGGCGAGAGCGGCAGCCGACGAGGAGUUAGAUAAGUGAAAUAAAGCGAUGUAUUCGUGUUUUACCAGUUCGUAGGUCACUGAAACCAUACACCAGGAGACCGGGACGCGAAGUAAAGCGUUCCAGUCCCGUUUUACAGAGUUGAAUCUCGUUUUAAAAGGCAUUUUUAGGAUUUGUGCGGUAUUUUAAGUGCAGGUAGAACAGGACUGGAGCCAUGACUGCAAGCACUGGUGGAGGCGGGAGCUGUUUAUCUAUGAGUCUGUCGGCCCUAAAGAGACUCGACCCUUACAUCAGCAGCAUCACGGACCUGGCCAGCCAAGUAGCACUUUACACCUUCAACAACACCACUAAUGAAUGGGAAAAGACAGACGUGGAGGGAACUCUGUUUGUGUAUAACAGGCUUGCCUCCCCCAGGCACGGCUUCACCAUCCUGAAUCGUUUGAGCAUGGACAACCUGACCGAACCCAUCACUAAAGACUUAGAUUUCCAGCUGCAACAUCCAUUUCUCCUGUACAGGAACGCUCGCUUGUCCAUCUAUGGCAUCUGGUUCUACGAUAAAGAAGACUGUCAGCGCAUAGCGGAGCUCAUGAAGAAUUUGGCAGGUCUGGAACAGCAGUUACAAUCUCAAAUGGCGAUCGGCUCGGUCUCUCCGCGAUCUGCAGAGCAGGGUGUGGAUAUAAUGCAGAUGCUCACUAAAGCACGAGAUGACUAUGAUAAGGGAAAACUCUGCGAGCCGAAAGAAAUUGGCAGUGGUGGCGUCAUCUACGGAAACCCCCAUCUGAUCAAACCCAUUCCCCUCAAACCAGCACAGGACACGCACAUUCAGGGACACACGCAGCAGGAUACGGAGAUGGACACGAAGCACCUCUCGGUUGUCACUUUGUUCAGUGCUCAGUCAAAACCGGACUCUGUCUCGCCGCAGCCCGCCACAGCUGUCAGCAGGCUGGGUCCCGCGCGGUCUGCGGUGGCCCGCUCGCUGUCAUACGAUGACCCUUCUCCAGCAGGUGGCGCCACGGUGUCCAACGCCCCCGCGCAGCACUGUCCAGCCAUACACAAACUCAUGUCCGGUUCACUGCUUCAGCCCCUGUCUGAAUCUCCAGAGAGCCGCAUGUGUGAAAACGGGGCCGUCCAGAACCAGAUUGACCCGAUACAAAAACUGCUAAUGAGCCCUCUUCCUGUAGCGGGGACUCCAGGGAUGCCUUCCUUACAGUUUAAUCAGGGAGAAAGCGGGGUGGGGGCUAAAGCCUCGGGGCCGGUCCCAGCUCAGCAUUUGCUCUAUGUCCCGAAUAAAGCGCCCCCUGCUGGAGCGGCAGGGAACGUGGUGUCGCCACAUGAGCUUCUGCAGAGGCUCACAUUGGUGCAGCAGGAGCAAGAGCUCCACCCUCAUCAGGAGCUUCUCCAGCCCAGUCUGACCACCAGCAGCUCCAGCCUGAGCAAAACUAACUCCACACAGGUGAGCUCACCUCAGCGUAUCCCAGCAACUGUAGCCCCCACCAUGCUCCUGUCACCCAGCAUGUUCACCCAGACUAAAACCACAAGAGCAGAACCAGAACCAGCUGAAAUCAGAGCACUUAGCAAGACUCAGCUGCAGGCCACGCUGCUGCACCUCAUCAAGAAUGAUGCCUCUUUCCUGGACACAAUCUAUGAAGCAUAUGUCUCCCGUCUCGCAACAGACUCCAGCUCAAAACCUUUCUGAAGCAUGUACUCGUACAUAAAGCUGUCAUGCUCCGAACCCAUAUCAUCGUCCCAUCUCAGGACCACCCUGCUAUUCUGAAUGUAGCAUCCGAGAAGCUGAGCACCUCAGCACCAGAUUCAUAACAGGAAAACCAGUUUGAUCUUCAUACAGUCAAUUAAAUGAUCUGAAUGUCAUAUCAGCUUCGAAUUUGCCGCUUGUACAUACGGGGCAAUCUUAAGCAUUUUAGAAUUUUCUGAAAGAAGAAUUUUAUGGAUUUUACGUUUAUUCUUUAGAUAACGUGGCAAGAAAAGUGCUGUUUGUUAAAAUCUGAGUUGAAAGACAUUCUUCUUUUUGUCAAGGGAUUUAUGUUCUUGCAUAUCGAAACAGCCCCACAAAAAAAACAUGACCCUAGCCUCAAAUUUGAUAGAAAUAACAUAAUAAAUUAAAAGAUAAGGGAAACAUGUCUUGAUUUGUAGCAUUUUCAUAUCUCAGCUGUCACAGGCAGAAUUGCCCUCAUCCCUUUACAAACCAGCAGAAAUAGUUUAUUAAUGUUAGUCACACUUUAAAAUGAAAAUUGAUUUUGUUUAAAUAUACAAACAAAAGUGUACAUAUACUAUAUAUUCUAUUUUUCUAUGGUUCUGUUCUUAUAUCAAAUUGCUGGAAUAUUUUUCAGUUCAGAUUUGUUUAUUGUUUUGUUUUGUUUUUUAAGAAAAAAAAAUGUCAUCAGUAUUUCCCAAGUAGCUUGUCAAACUAAAAACAAGCUGACAAUUUAAUUUUCUUCCAUUUGUUUUUCUUAUUAAAGUAAUUCCCCAACACCCCA